UUCAGAUUUUAUAAUUAAGAUGAAUAGUUUCUUUAGAUAUGCCAGAAGGUCUUUCUCUUCUUCAGCAAAGGCUUACCCUAAGACAUUCGAUAAGAUCCUGAUUGCUAAUAGAGGUGAAAUCUCUAGGAGAGUAAUCAAGACUUGCCGCAAGAUGGGAAUCCAGACUGUGUGUGUUUAUUCUGAUGCAGAUCGCCACUCAAUGUUUGUUCGUGAGGCUGAUGAGUCUUACAGAAUUGGUCCUCCUCCAACCAAUAAGUCUUAUCUGGAUAUGAAUAAGAUUAUGGAAGUUGUUACAAAGACUGGAGCUCAGGCUGUCCAUCCAGGAUAUGGAUUCUUGUCUGAAAACAAACUCUUCCAGAAGAUGCUUGCUGAUAAUGAUGUUUCUUUCAUUGGUCCCCCAGGACCUGCAAUCACUGCUAUGGGAGAUAAGCUUCAGUCUAAGCUUCUAGCUGAGAAAGCUAAGGUGAGCAUGGUCCCAGGAUACCUUGGAGCCAUCAAGAAUGAUAAAGAAGUCAUCAAGAUUUCCAAUGAGAUUGGAUAUCCAGUCAUGAUCAAAGCCUCUGCUGGAGGUGGUGGUAAAGGUAUGAGAACUGCCUAUAACGACAAAGAAGCAGUCGAAGGAUUCAGACUCUCCAAGCAGGAAGCUCUUGCCGCCUUUGGAGAUGACACCAUUAUCAUUGAGAAAUAUAUUGAAGAGCCAAGACACAUUGAAUUCCAACUCCUAGGAGAUCAGCACGGAAAUUAUGUGUACCUACCUGAAAGAGAGUGCUCCGUCCAGAGAAGAAAUCAGAAGGUCAUCGAGGAGGCUCCAAGUAUGCUCUUGGACCCAGAGACCAGACAUAAAAUGGGCACUCAAGCAGUAGAUCUUGCUAGAGCAUGUGGUUAUUAUUCAACUGGAACUGUUGAAUUCUUAGUUGACAAGAAUCUUGGUUUCUACUUCCUGGAAAUGAAUACCAGACUGCAAGUUGAACACCCCAUUACUGAAGAAAUCACUGGUGUUGAUCUUGUAGAGGAGAUGAUCAAGAUCGCCGCUGGACAUCCAUUGGAUUUCACUCAAGAUGAUAUUAAGAUUAAUGGACAUUCAAUUGAAAUGAGAGUUUACGCUGAAGAUCCUUCAAGGAAUUUCUUACCUUCUAUUGGAUUCUUGAAGAAAUAUCAGGAACCAACCAAACAUGAAAAUAUUAGAAUUGAUACUGGAGUACAGGAAGGAUCUGAGAUUUCAAUGUACUAUGACCCAAUGAUCUCAAAGACCAUCACUUGGGGACAGACUAGAGAUGAAGCCUUAGAAUUGAUGAAGGAGGCAUUGAACGAGUAUGUUAUUGAAGGAGUUGUUGACAAUUGUGGAUUUGGACUCAGCAUCUGUAAUAAUGAAGCUUUCGCAAAGGGUGUGUAUGAUACUUCCUUCAUCCCAACUUACUAUCCAGAGGGAUUCCACGGUGAAACUCUCACUGCUGAUGAUCACCACAUUAUUGCUAUUACUGCAUCUCAGCUCAAGAAUAUCCAUGAGAGCGAGAAUGCUUCCUUAGGUUUCACACCUAAGUCUUUCGAGAAGAUUUUUGUAACAAUUGAUGAUACUGACUAUCAAGUUGAUGUGAAUCCAUUGACUCAGGAAUAUACAGUUGGUGUAGUUGGAGAAGAUGAGACCACAACCAUUUCCAUGAAGGACUUCUCUUACAAACACAAUGUGUUGGUGAACUUCAGGACUAAGGAGAAGGAACACGGCAGAAGGGAUCAUACACUUCAGUUCACCGGAGUAUCUAACGAACUUGACUACAAUUGGGUCUACAAAGGAACUAGAUUGGCUACUAGAGUUUAUGAAGAAAACCAAUUCAGCCUCAAGAAACACAUGGCUCCACCAAAGGUUAUUGACUACGGCAAGGUCGUCAUGGCUCCAAUGCCAGGCGCCAUCAUCGCUGUCUCUGUUAAGGUAGGAGACACAGUUGAAAUUGGCCAGGAAUUACUAACAAUGGAAGCUAUGAAGAUGCAGAACUUGAUCAAAUCCGAAAGAUCUGGAGUCAUUUCUGCCAUUAACAUCAAGGAAGGAGACGCUGUUCCUGUUGAUGCAGUUUUAAUAGAAUUAGAAUAA